GGAGGACAACGAGGCAGUGGAUUCUCCAUGUCGGCAGCGCGCAGCGAACAUGAGGUGUCGGAGAUCAUAGACGGGCUCUCGGAACAAGAGAAUCUGGAGAAACAGAUGCGCCAGCUUGCUGUCAUCCCGCCGAUGCUGUAUGAUGCGGAGCAGCAGCGCAUCAAGUUCAUCAACAUGAACGGGCUGAUGGACGAUCCCAUGAAGGUCUACAAGGACCGGCAGGUGAUGAAUAUGUGGAGUGAGCAGGAGAAGGAGACCUUCCGAGAGAAGUUCAUGCAACACCCAAAGAAUUUCGGUCUUAUCGCCUCCUUCCUGGAUAGGAAAGUAAGUGGAUAUAUUUUUUACUUCUUUCUCACAAUGCCCUUUUGA